AUGCGUCUCCGUGUGCGUGGCCCCACAGGCCAGUCCACCCUCACUUUGGACGACGCUGCGACCAUACAAGACCUACGUGGACAGAUCACUGAGAAGACAGGCAUUGCCUCCUUCGAUGUCAAAUAUGGAUAUCCCGACCUGAAACCCUUGCACUUGCACACUUUUCAACCAGACCAGAAACUGUCCGAGUCAGGAGUCAAUUUCAAUGGAGAACAAUUAAUCAUUGCGCCACGAGAAUCCUCAUCUCCUGCGCAAGCGGCCGAGUCCAUCGUGACUCGGCCCAGUGCCAGCUCGGCCUCACAGACCCAAUCGUCACCAGCCAAAUCAAACCCUUCCCGAUCGCAAAAGGCAGAAAAUUCAGCCGACGACCCUCCGGAGAUUCCUUCGCCCGAGCAUGGCGGCACAUUUGUUCUACGAGUCAUGCCCGACGACAACUCGUGUUUGUUCCGCGCCGUCGGAGCCGCCGUCAUGGGCGACAUGGACACCAUGGUGGAACUUCGAUCUAUAGUCGCUGGCUCGAUUCAGUCCAAUCCGACAGAAUACACGGCAGCCAUUCUGGGCAAGAACCCCGACGAGUAUUGCCAAUGGAUCCAGAAUGAGGAUUCCUGGGGAGGGGCUAUCGAACUAAAGAUCCUCAGCGAGUACUUCAAUAUUGAAAUCUGCUCCAUCGACGUACAGACCCUCAACACUUUCCAAUUCAAUGAAGGCGCACCGACUCGCUGUAUCGUGGUCUAUUCGGGCAUUCACUACGACGUUCUGGCCCUGUGCCCUUCUGGUCCACCUCAUACGCGGGCGGAUCUGUUCGCCCCCAACGACACCAAGAUCUUCGAUGCCGCGGAUCCGGUGGUUUUGGAAAAGGCAAAGGAGAUGUGUCUGGUGUUGCAGAGUAAGCAUUAUUAUACGGAUACAGCGGGCUUUCAGGUGCGCUGCAAUACAUGUGGAGGCACCUUUACAGGAGAGAAGGGCGCUGCCAAACAUGCGGCAGAGACGGGGCAUUAUGAUUUUGGCGAAGCGGCCUAG